AUGCCAAAAAGUCGUCUCUUUUACAUCCGAGAUGAGAACUCCGACUACUUGUUUUUAGUGAACACUGGGGCACAAAUUAGUGUAAUACCAGCCAAGCCUAAUAUGUUGACUAGAAAAACAGAUUAUACGUUACAAGCGGCGAAUGGAUCUUCAAUCCAGACAUAUGGUGAAACCUCUUUAACCCUAAAUCUGGGAUUUAAGCGAUCUUUUCCGUGGGUAUUCACGAUAGCCCAAGUUCGAACCCCAAUCCUAGGAGCGGAUUUCCUCGCCCACUUUAACUUGUCCGUUAAUAUGUCUUCCCUUUCUUUGGAGGAUAAAACGACCAACAUUACAAGGAAAGGAAUUACAUCUAUUUAUACGAGCACAUGUAUCAGCGCAACUGUACCUGAAGCCAACGGAAUGCAGGAUCUGUUACAAAAUAUUCUCAAAUUACAACACCAUUCCGGUAUACAGAAACCGUUCGUCACAAUGCUGAGCACCACAUUGAUACUACGGGCCCACCCACGCAUUCAUCUCCACGGCGAUUGA